AUGCAUGGUGUUACACGAAGAGAGUGGACAAAGGAGUUAUUAAGGAAGAAGCGCGAGAAGGAGAGACAGGAAAUCCUCGAUUAUCGAGAAUUAUCAGAUGAGGUUUUAGAAUUGAAGAAUAAAAGAGUAGCAAACAAGGACUCUCUUCUGAAGACUACCCAGUUACUUAAUAUCAAUCCAGAAUUCAACACCAUCUGGAAUUAUAGACGUGAAAUUAUAAAACUACUUGCCCCAUCACUGGAUCAAACUUUCUGGGAUGGGGAACUUGCUUUCACUAUGGACAAAUUGAAGGUUCGUCCAAAAGUAUACUGGAUAUGGAAUCACAGGGUUUGGUGUUUAGAGCAUUAUCCUAAUUCUCCCUUGAAAAUCUGGUUGAAAGAAUUAGCCAUUGUUGGCAAAUUACUGGAAAUGGAUGCGAGAAAUUUCCAUGGAUGGCAUUACAGAAGAUACAUCGUAAGCACAGUAGAACGCUUAAGCGGAAACUGUCUAAAUUCACAAGAGUUUGAAUACACAACCGCGAAAAUAAAUCAAAAUAUCUCUAACUUUAGCGCGUGGUUCCAACGAACGAAUAUAAUUGAACAUAUGCUGGCGAGAGAUCAAAUAGCUGACAAAGAGUCCUUCAUCGACGAUGAAUUUCAGUACAUAAAGAAUGCCAUGUUCACUGAUGCUGAAGAUCAAUCUGUCUGGACGUAUCUGAUCUGGUUUAUUAAAGAGAGUGCACUAAAAGAGCAUAUGACGUCAGAAAAGUAUAGCAGUAUGCUAAAAGAACUAACCGAGAUCAUUGAACUUAUAAACGAUGAUGAUAUUAGUUUCUCUGGAAAGGAUAAUAUUUGGUGUCUAAAGACACUACUUGUGAUUGAGUUCAUUCAAAAAGAUAUCCUCAAGGAAGAUAUAAAAUCAAAAUCUAGAGAAUAUCUUGAUAAGUUGAUAAUUAUCGAUCCCUUGAGGAAAAAUAGGUAUUUAUACCAAAUAAGAGCUCUAUGA